AGUGCAAGAAAAUGUUCGCCAGACGCGUCGAAAUCUACAAGGACAGUAGAUGGUCCACAAAGGAUAAACUUGAACAAUAUCGUGGGAUUUUGAAGUUAUACGGCCGCGAAAAAAGGUUGCGUCUGCAGGAUGCUGCAAAGUUGAAGAAAAGAAUAUCAUGGCAAUUGAAUACCUUUCGAGAGGACGUAAAAAAAUAUCAAGAGCUCGUCAGUGAUACCAAAAAUCAAGCAUAUAAAGAGCUCCAUGGUCACAAAGAUUUGCAGUUAAAAUGCCUUGGUCAUGAAGUAGAGCACACCUGCUUAACUGUCUAUGAGGAUAACAAUCUGAGGCGACGUCGACUGGAUAAGCUUCGUUACGAGAAAAAGAACAAAAUGAAACUUUGCUUCGAGUUACAGUUGGAUCACGCGAUACUCUCCGAAACGUAUAAGAAAGAACAAGAGAUGACAUGGACUCACGCAGAAAGUGUGCAGCAGCAGUUAAUAGCACGCUAUCAGCUGGCUGUAGCGAAGCAAAAUGCAGCUAAGGCGAUAAAUAUAACGUACAGUUGUAUGCUUGAAAUCUUGAAACAGGACACGGUGCGACAUGACGCUGUGUUAGAUAUAUUGAAACAAGAUCAACGAAGGCAAUGCAAGCUGAUAGUCAGGGCAACAAUAAUGGGACAGCUGGCGCUCGAAGAAGCCGCCGACAUUGAAGAGAAAUGCAAGAUGCUUGCGCGAAAAGUUUGGAGCAAUAUGAAGGAACGGGAACGCACUUUAACACUUGUUCGUAGCCAAGUUGAAGAUUUAUGGUCAUAUGCGCAAUCUUUGAUACGAACCGAAAGUGAAACAAUGUUCGCCAUGGAUGUUAGACGAGCUUCAAUGGCAGCAAAUGGAGCAUUGGAGAAGCAGAUUAAAUCCCUAGAAGCAGUCUUUCAGAAAGUUCAAGAAUCGUUGUUGGUGCGAUCCUACAGAGAGUUACUAUCAAGGCUUGAAGAUCAAAUGAAACAGCGAAAACGAUUACUCGAACAAUUCAACCAUAAUGUGAAAGAACGUGAUUCGCUGUUGACUCGGAAGAAUGAAGCUUUAGCAAGUCUUUCACAGAUUGAGUAUGCUGCUGUCGCACAUAUGGAAGCAUAUAAUGUAGACAGAGACGCUUUACUAGACCAAAUUGCGAUGCAAAAACAGCGACAAAUCGAACAGAAAAAGGUAAGAAAAGAUCGUGGCGAGUUGUUAAUGGACAUACGAGCAGCGUUACAAAAUAUGGUAGCUAUGCUUGUCUGCGUGAGAAAAGGAGCCAUUAGAGGAGCACCGAAGAAACAAGUUGAGAAGUCAUCGAAAGAAGACAAAGAUGUAGACACAGAAGAUCUUGAAUCGAUUUUGCCAGCAAUGGAAAAAGUCGAAACGGAGGGUUUAACUUUACUGUCCACCGUGAGUCGAAAAGUGGGAGCGCUGUUUGGAAUGAGCAACUUUGAAUUUGAUAAGGAUAGGGACGACAGAGCAAAAGAUUUGUAUCAAACUUAUGUUUCAAACUAUAAUUCGAAACUGAAGUUUAAAUCCGAGCAAGCAGAAACUACAGGUUUCAUUCUUGAACAUGAAGCGAUCGAUUCUACGGUACUAACAAGAGCUGACAUCAAACUAAGAAGUAAACAGACUGUCGAAGCUUAUACGCGACUAGAAUGAUUAAAUUGACUCGCUGAUUGUCUGCAUAAUAUUUGCCAACAAUUUAUUUACAAAAGCCUAUUGACAAAGAGAAGUAUAUUACUUCAUAUCGUUGAUUCGCCCCCAACCAAUACGUUCCUUUUUCAUUCUUAGUUUCAACCACGAAGGUACAUCCUUCUCGAAAGCGAUAGCAUUUGGAUACUUCAAAGGUGGUUUUGGUUCUCUGAAAGGAUGAACAUUUUUCAACUUUCUCAAUAGGAAGUGUUUCAUAGUUUCUUUGGGAUCCCUGUAAUGAUCCAAAUAAAGAUCGAAUGGUUGUUUCAGUGGGAACCAUUUCUGUGGUGUGACGUAUGGUUUCGGGAAGUCGUACUCAAAUAUUGGUUCCUCCGCGUCUAUGAAAAAAGAAUUACAACGGGUCUUAGAUUCGUUCAUGAAUAACUAUAAUUUCAUUUAAUCAAGGAAAUUCCACCAAAUAUACACACCUAACGACGAAUGAUAAAAUUCUGUUACUGUAUGAUCCCAAUCACUCUGGAAAAAUGCUAAACCCGCGGGUGUAAGAUCGUCCUGAUGUUUUUGGUAAAAUGUUAGCGUAUUCCAAUUGCGUUCUUUCAACUGUAAACUAUACAAAUAAAAUGUAAUGUAUUGUUGUACAUCAA